AUGAUUCAAGUCAAUGGUUUACCUGAAGAUUGGGAAAUACGAUGUUCUCGCUCAAGAAAUCUGCCUUAUUAUUAUAAUAUGAAGACACAUGAGUCCUUUUGGGAGCCCCCAUCGGAUGCAGAUCUUGAGGUUCUGAAAGAUUAUAUGAUUAAGAAUGGAUUGAUACCAGUAUCGUCAGAAGAAAAUAAAGUAAAUGAUGAAAAGAUCCGUGUUAUUCAUCUUUUAGUAAAACAUAAUCAUAGUAGAAGACCUAGUUCUUGGAAAGAACCUAAUAUUACUCGAACCAAGCAAGAAGCUAUGGAAAUUAUUCUUAAAUAUGAAGCAAAAGUACGUUCAGGAGAAAUUAGUCUUGGAGAACUAGCUGUUACAGAGUCGGAUUGUAAUAGUGCUAAAAAAGCGGGAGAUUUAGGUUUUUUUGGAAAAGGUGUUAUGCAACGAGAAUUUGAAGAAGCAUCGUUUAGUUUGCAACCGGGUGAAAUGAGUCAUGUUGUUGAAACUGCUAGUGGUUAUCAUUUAAUUGAAAGAAUUGCUUAA